GAGUCAGAGUGGCGCAGCAAGUGGCUGCAGGUGGCGACGGUGGCGGGGAGUGGGGAGUGAGGUAGUGCAGGGGUUCCGGAGGAGGAGGCUGAGAGAGUCAAAAGGAAAACUAAAGCUGCUGUCUGGCCUACUGAUCCGGGGGCCGCGAAGCCCCCACCGAGGGAGAUGGACCUCAACCGGAUCAUCCAGGCGCUGAAAGGUACUAUCGACCCGAAGCUGCGAAUUGCAGCUGAGAAUGAGCUCAACCAGUCCUACAAGAUUAUCAAUUUUGCCCCCAGUUUACUUCGGAUUAUAGUCUCUGACCAUGUGGAAUUCCCAGUACGCCAGGCAGCUGCCAUUUACCUGAAGAACAUGGUGACACAGUACUGGCCAGACCGAGAACCUCCACCAGGAGAAGCAGUAUUUCCAUUCAACAUUCAUGAAAAUGAUCGCCAGCAGAUACGUGAUAACAUUGUGGAAGGAAUAAUUCGGUCUCCAGAUUUAGUGAGAGUCCAGUUAACAAUGUGUCUCCGUGCCAUCAUUAAACAUGAUUUUCCUGGUCACUGGCCAUCGGUAGUUGACAAGAUAGACUAUUACUUGCAAUCACAGAGCAGUGGAAGCUGGCUUGGCAGCUUAUUAUGUCUGUAUCAACUGGUGAAGACAUACGAGUAUAAGAAAGCUGAGGAAAGAGAACCCCUCAUAGCAGCAAUGCAAGUAUUUCUGCCUCGAAUUCAGCAGCAAAUCAUCCAGCUCCUUCCUGAUUCUUCCCAUUAUUCUGUAUUACUACAGAAACAGAUUCUGAAAAUCUUUUAUGCACUUGUUCAGUAUGCAUUGCCUCUUCAGCUGAUGAAUAACCAAAUGAUGACAGAAUGGAUGGAGAUCUUUCGAACUAUUAUUGACAGAACAGUUCCUCCUGAGACUCUGCAAAUUGAUGAGGAUGAUAGACCAGAACUAGUAUGGUGGAAGUGUAAGAAGUGGGCAUUGCAUAUUGUAGCUCGUCUGUUUGAACGGUAUGGAAGCCCAGGAACUGUCACAAAAGAGUACUUUGAAUUUUCUGAAUUCUUCUUGAAAACCUAUGCAGUGGGAAUUCAGCAGGUACUUCUAAAAAUUUUAGACCAAUACAGACAGAAAGAGUACGUAGCCCCCCGUGUUCUUCAGCAAGCAUUCAACUAUCUCAAUCAAGGGGUUGUUCAUUCUGUUACCUGGAAGCAGAUGAAGCCACACAUACAGAAUAUCUCUGAGGAUGUGAUUUUUUCUGUAAUGUGUUAUAAAGAUGAAGAUGAAGAGCUGUGGCAAGAAGAUCCAUAUGAGUAUAUCAGAAUGAAAUUUGAUAUUUUUGAAGAUUAUGCUUCUCCCACCACAGCAGCUCAGGCUCUCUUAUAUACUGCUGCAAAGAAAAGAAAAGAGGUGUUGCCAAAAAUGAUGGCAUUCUGUUAUCAAAUCCUAACAGACCUGAACUUUGACCCUAGGAAGAAAGAUGGAGCUCUGCAUGUGAUUGGUUCCCUAGCUGAUAUUUUAUUGAAGAAGAGUUUAUUCAAGGACCAAAUGGAGUUGUUGCUGCAGAAUCAUGUGUUUCCAUUAUUAUUGUCUAACCUGGGAUAUCUUCGAGCCAGAUCCUGUUGGGUACUUCAUGCAUUCAGUUCUUUGAAGUUUCAUAAUGAACUCAACCUAAGAAAUGCAGUUGAACUAGCAAAAAAGAGCCUGAUUGAAGAUAAAGAGAUGCCUGUCAAAGUAGAAGCUGCCCUUGCUCUUCAGUCAUUAAUUUCUAACCAGAUACAAGCUAAGGAAUAUAUGAAGCCACAUGUGAGAUCUAUCAUGCAGGAGCUGCUGCACAUUGUUAGAGAGACAGAAAAUGAUGAUGUUACUAAUGUUAUCCAGAAGAUGAUAUGUGAAUACAGUCAAGAGGUGGCCUCAAUUGCUGUUGAUAUGACACAACACUUGGCUGAAAUAUUUGGUAAAGUUCUUCAAAGUGAUGAAUAUGAAGAAGUUGAAGAUAAGACAGUAAUGGCUAUGGGAAUUUUACAUACCAUUGAUACUAUCUUGACAGUUGUAGAAGAUCAAAAAGAGGUUACUCAGCAGUUAGAGAAUAUCUGUCUGAGGAUCAUUGAUCUUGUUUUACAUAAACACGUAAUUGAAUUUUAUGAAGAAAUUCUUUCACUGGCAUAUAGUUUAACCUGCCAUAGUAUUUCCCCCCAAAUGUGGCAGCUUCUAGGUAUAUUAUAUGAAGUUUUUCAACAGGAUUGUUUUGAAUAUUUUACAGACAUGAUGCCUCUUUUGCAUAAUUACGUGACAAUAGACACAAAUACUUUACUAUCAAAUUCAAAGCAUUUAGAAAUACUUUUCACAAUGUGUAGAAAGGUACUGUCUGGAGAUGCAGGAGAAGAUGCAGAAUGCCAUGCAGCCAAACUUCUUGAAGUCAUCAUUCUUCAGUGCAAAGGAAGGGGAAUCGAUCAGUGCAUCCCACUCUUUGUUCAACUUGUUUUGGAGAGAUUAACCCGAGGAGUUAAAACUAGUGAGCUCCGUACUAUGUGUCUUCAGGUUGCGAUUGCUGCCUUGUACUACAACCCUGAUUUGCUGCUACAUACAUUAGAGCGAAUUCAGUUACCUCACAACCCUGGACCUAUAACUGUACAGUUUAUAAAUCAGUGGAUGAAUGAUACAGAUUGUUUUCUUGGGCAUCAUGACCGGAAGAUGUGUGUAAUAGGACUGAGUAUUCUUUUGCAAUUGCAGAAUCGACCUCCUGCAGUGGAUGCUGUGGUGGGACAGAUUGUUCCCUCAAUUCUUUUCCUCUUCCUUGGCCUAAAGCAGGUCUGUGCUUCUAGACAAUUGCUAGACCGGGGAGAUCACUCAAAAGCAGAGAAAGCUGAAAUAGAAGAAAAUGAGGAAAUAUCAAGUGAUGAAGAGGAGACAAAUGUAACUGCUCAGGCAAUGCAGUCAAAUAGUGGAAGAGGUGAAGAUGAGGAGGAAGAUGAUGAAGACUGGGAUGAAGAAGUAUUGGAAGAAACUGCUCUUGAGGGAUUCAGCACUCCACUUGACCUUGACAAUAGUGUGGAUGAAUAUCAGUUUUUUACACAAGCUCUGCUAACUGUGCAGAACCGGGAUGCUGCCUGGUACCAACUGCUGGUGGCACCCCUCAGUGAGGAUCAGAGGAGAGCACUGCAGGAGGUUUACACAGUGGCAGAGCACCGAAGGACGGUGGCAGAGGCAAAGAAGAAGAUUGAACAACAGGGAGGAUUCACAUUUGAAAACAAAGGAGUCCUCUCCGCAUUUAACUUUGGGUCGGUGCCCAGCAACAACUGAAGGAGGAAACAUCAACCGACCAAAGGUGUUCACUAUAUUUUAUUUCACAAGGGUGAUGUGAGGGCCAAAGGGAGGAAAUGAGGAGGCUGCCUUUCUGGUGUCCUCCUGCUGUACCAGCUACUGUCUGGCUUAGGCAGCACUUUUAUCCACUCUCCUCUUCCUCUUUGACCAUGCUCACCUGAAAACGUAAUUUAAACAGCUACUGUAAUGUAUGAAAGUAGACAGACUCAUUGAACUGAAAAGGACAAACCAUAAUGCUCCACGGGGAGAAUGACCAAGAUGGUUUUAGAGGAUUGGACUGAAUUGCACGUCUCAGGUUUUUGCCAUGCAGAAUCAGUGGAUUUAUGCGGAUAACAGUGCCUUCUGUUGUACAUGAAUUAUC